UAAAAGUUUGAAUAUGUUCCAUUUGUUAUAUAAAACAAAUUAUGGAAUGAAAAUAUCACCAAAACUAAAACAUACCCUAACAAAUCCAGUUGUUACUCAGCUGUGUCAGUUAAGAGUUUGUCGCUACAUAACUCCAUUUAAUAGACGAACAACAGCACUGGAAUGGCAUCCAUCAAAUCCUAAUCUGUUGGUAGUUGGAUCCAAAGGAGGUGAUAUUAUACUGUGUGACACUAGUACAGUUAAGAACGAUAAAUUGUUUGCAGGAGAUGGAGAGAGGGGUUCUAUUCAAGCCAUGAAAUUCUGGCCUUGGAAUAAUUCUUUUGUCUGCACUGCAUCAGUUAAUGGAACUGUAACACUGCACGAUCUUGAAGGUCGUCAGAGUCAAAUUCUAUCAGGUACGAAGAAUUCUAUGGGUUUUUGGUAUUCUUCGGUUGAUGCCAGUUUAUCUCAUAGUGCCGUACUGACAGGUGACAAUAUAGGUUAUAUUGUAUGUUUAUCAGAAAAAGGACAAACGAUUUGGAGUAAGAAAUUACACAAGCAGAAAGUAACACAUGUGGAGUUUUCACCUCGAGAAAAUUGGUUAUUUUGUUCAGCAUCAGUUGAUCAUACUGUACGACUGUGGGACAUCAGAAUGAUCAAGAAUAACAAAAGUAGCCUCGCUGUUCUUCAACAUAAUAAGGGAGUUAACUCUGCCUAUUUUAGCCUGACUAAUGGCUGCCGUCUUUUGACCACAGAUCAACACAGUGAUAUAAAAAUAUUUAGUGCCCCUGAAUGGAGAUUAGAAAGAACCAUACACCAUCCUCACCGAUUCUUUGAAGAUGUAACUCCAAUAAAGGCAUCAUGGCAUCCAUUACAAGAUCUAAUUGUUGUCGGUCGUUAUCCAGAUCAGAAUUUCCCUGGAUAUAAAUCUGGGGAACGAAGAACCGUUGAUAUUUUUGAUUCAGACUCAGGAGAGCUUGUCACGAAACUCUUAAAAUUAUAUGGCUCGUCGGGAAUAGUGUCUUUAAACAAAUUUGACCACAGUGGAGAGGCACUGGCUUCAGGAAUGGGUGAUAAUAUUUUGAUCUGGAAUAGAGAAGAAGUCUUUGCUCAAAAACAGGAACGAUUAAAAGACAAAUGACAGAUUUGAAUCCAAAGCUUUGGGUUUAGUAAACAAUGACCUGUCAAAAAAAAAAACUGAUUCUAAAACCAUGCUCAGUACAAAUUCAAAGAAUUUAUCACAGAAAAGUAACACUAAAAUAAAAUUGAGCUUAAAGGUUUGGGAGAUAUUUGGGAAUUUGUCCCAACAACUACUAUGUUUAAACAUUGAUUUAUGCAGGUGCAAUACAGGUUAUCCAGGUCAGAUUAAGCUGGUGUAGGAACAAUAGCAUGUUACAAAGGAGACCUAAAUUACAGAAAUACAUAUAACAGGUGACCAACUCCUCAUCAUGUACAAGCGUGGAAUCAAAACCAAUCCACUUGACUCAAUGACAGACUUUGUGAUCUAAUGUGCCUGCGUUUAACCAUUCGGCCACUCAACCCUGCCCCGAUUGGCUGGAUUAAUUAUGAAUCAAAAUAAUCAUGUGCUUAGGGCAUCAUGGAAAGGGGGAGGGGUACACAGAAUUUCUGCUUUGUUACAUGGUGAAUUCAAAAUAUUUAAUUUAAAAGUUAAUUAAGAACUUUCAAUUAGUUUUUCAUUGUUUUUGUCUUUUCUUACUGUUACUUUCUUUGUCUCAGUAUAUAAUGAAGUGUAUAAAACCUCAAAUUAACUCUAACCUAUACUAUAUACUAUAUGGAGGCACCAAAAUCAUCUAACUGCUUAAGUCCUCUAUAGGUCUUAAGCCGGCACUAGCACAGCGCCGUUUAAAAUGUAGGGCCGACAGCAUAUGACACUUUUGCUACUAUGACGAAGAACGUCUGCUCAUAUUUACAACCAUUUUAUUUUUCAUUUGCUACAGUCCUUUCCUGAUGGACGAACUAUGCUCUUAAUGAACGUCUGUGCAUUAAAGGGAGACUACUCUUCAAAUUUAUGAAAUUUAUUCCCUGUCCCCUAAAAAGAUUAAUAAAUCAUUUACUUUUUGAAAA